GUUUUUAGACCAAUCAGCAGCUUCAAGCAGGUAUAAAAGACAAAAUCAGAAUGGAUCAUCAUCUCACUGCAAGCAUGUGGUCUCUGUUCUUUGUCGUGCUUAUCGGAGCUGCUUUUGCCACUGACGAUGACAAGAUCGUCGGUGGCAAGGAGUGCCCGGCUCACUCCCAGCCCCACCAGGUGUCUCUGAACGUUGGCUACCACUUCUGUGGUGGUUCCCUGGUUUCCAAGGACUGGGUUGUGUCUGCUGCUCACUGCUACAAGGGGACCCUCGAGGUGCGUCUGGGAGAGCACCACAUUAAAGAGAAUGAGGGCACUGAGCAGUUUAUUAGCUCCUCCAAAGUCAUUAGAAACCCCAGGUACAACAGCUUCACCAUUUCCAAUGACAUCAUGCUGGUCAAGCUGAAGCAGCCUGCCACCCUCAAUAAGAACGUCGGUAUCAUCCCUCUGCCCACUGACUGUGCCCCCGCUGGCACCAUGUGCAUGGUCUCUGGCUGGGGCAACACCAUGAGCUCCACUGCUGACAGGGACAAGCUGCAGUGCUUGGAGAUCCCCAUCCUGUCUGAAGAGGAAUGUGAGAACUCCUACCCUGGCAUGAUCGAUGACACCAUGUUCUGCGCUGGAUACCUGGAGGGAGGAAAGGACUCCUGCCAGGGUGACUCUGGUGGUCCAGUUGUGUGCAAGGGUGAGCUGCAGGGAGUCGUGUCCUGGGGCUAUGGUUGUGCUGAGAAGAACCACCCUGGUGUCUACUCCAAGGUCUGUGCAAAUAUUAAAUGGCUGCGUGAGACAAUGGCCAGUAACUAACUUCGUCAUUCGAGCUUUGUCCCAGAAGGAUAUCUUGACACCAUCUCUUCCUCUGGAGUUGAAGAUGUUUAGCAAAUAAAGCAUUUGAAGUACUACA